UCUAAUUUUUAGUUUUGCUUUGCAUGCAAUGCAAAUUGCAAAUUAUUACAUUUGGCGUUCAUUGGGAUUGUGCUGGUAUUUUGGUCUUCCCUAAAUUUUUUGUACUUUCCUCCUUAUUGCUAUUGAAGAACAUGAACUAAGUGAGAAUUGAAUUUACUUGAAACCAGUGUCUUGUUUGGUUGCAAAAAUGCAAGAUUCACUAGAGGACUAUUUAAAAUUCAGCAAACAAGAUGAUACAAUCAAAAUCAGCAAAGAGAUGGUAGUGACUGCUCAACUGAAGAAAGAGUGUGACGCCAGGGCUAUGAAAAUAGUUGAAUUCUCAAUUGAGGGCAAACUCAGGCCAGAAAUAUUUACCAAAUGUCUUCCUUUCAUUAACCAAAGUCAUUAUCAAGACAUAGUGGAGGAAAGGGCCAUAACCAAGCUUUGUGGCUAUUCGAUUUGCGGCAAACGUAUUCCAGACAUGCCGAAAAAACAGUAUUUUAUUUCCACCAAGAGCAAUAAAGUGUACGAUAUUACCGAGAGAAAGAAUUUUUGCAGCAAUUUUUGCUACAAGGCCAGUAUGCACAUAAAAAAACAGAUAGAUAAUAGUCCUCUAUGGCUCAGGACUUUGGAAAAUAUUCCUGAAUAUAAGUUACUAAACUGUUCUGAUGGGGGUUUGCCAGGUGAAUAUAUUGAUCAAGGAAUAGUUAAGCCGGUAGAAGGAGAAAGAAAAUUCACUUCAAUAAAUUCCUUUGCUCAUGCUUCUCUUGGUGAUAUUAUGGAGCCAGAAAAAGAUAAAAAUCAAAAGAAGGGAGGUUUCAAAAAGCCUGUGUCCAGGCUAAAGUCCACCAUGCAAACUAUUAAAGAAAGUGACGACGUUGAAGAGGAAAAUUCUCUCAAUGAUUGUGCCAAAAAGAGUCUUAAAAAAUCUGGAAAGCAUAAUAUAAACAAGAGACAUUCUAUAGUUAGUUUGCCUUCCAUAGAGGAAAAUGAGGAAAGGCUUAAAGAAAAUGAAAAUGUUACCGAUGAUAAAAUCAAGCAAGAAAGACUGGAAAACGACUCGAGGACUGAAGACCAGUUGGAAAAGAAAUUAGAAAAAGUUAUUAUCAAAGAUAAACCUAAGAAAAAAAACACCAAAAAACGUGUGGUAGAUGUGGAAAGUAUAAUAAAGAAAGUCAUAAAUGAGUGGGUCACUCUGGAAACUUGUAUAUUUAUUCAUGGUGAAGAAAAAGUUAAGCGCAUUUUAAAUGAACAUAAAUUAAGUGACUACUUUGAUAGGUUGCACAUAGAAGAGAUGCAAAUGGAGCAACAGAUGCGAUAUAUGGACAUUUGUAGGCGACUACAUCUACAAGAAAUGGCAGACGAUAAGUUCGACGGAGUCCUAACAGGUACCAGAAAAUUAAAACCUCUCCCAGACUUCAAGAAAUUAAGAGAAGACGCUGAAGAGAUGAAGUUAAAGGUGAAGUCGUUUUAUGAUGGCACUAUGUAUGAACAGGACGAUAAAAAUUUUCCACAAGAAACCAAAAGUAAAGCUGAACCACCUCCGGAAGAAGUUUCUGUAGCAGUUUUACCUCCUGUAGACGCAAACUCGCAAAACCUAAUGAGACGCAAAAUAUUUUUAAAUUCUUUAAUGAAAACGAUACAACAGCUUAUGCAAACACUUGGCACUUCUUAUACAAUAAUAUGGCCAGAUUUGCAAGCUCUGGUGAGAACUUUUAGUCUGAGGGCAGACAAUAUUACAUUUAAACCAUUCGUAUGGAAUUAUAUAGGUUUAGUUUUGUUAAAUUUGCUUUCUUGGAAAGAUGAAUCCUUGAAAAACAUUUUGGAAGAACCUAGAGCUCAAGAAUACAUAAACAUGCUAAUUGAAAGUCUUCCACAUAAAAAAGCCUUUAUUAAUGAUGUACUGGACAAUUUUAGAGAUUUGGAGGUGUUUGUUGAACAAUAUAUCACCAAGGAUGAUUCCAUUCAGUGAUACCAAUGUGUGAUCUCUUUUUUAGUGUCAAGAAUAUAAACUAUAUUAGAAAAUAAUAUAAUUAAGU